UCUCCCACUAGACAACUUUAUAUAAUAUAAUUUAAUUAAUUAAUUUGGUUGUACCCAAAAACAAAAUAGGUCAUGACCAACCCUAUAAAUACCCCUCCCAAUUGAACAGCUACCUCAUCACCUUUCUUAGCUUACUUGACUUAUUUGCUUUCAAUUCUUUUAGCAUUCUUUUUCUUGUUUUCUUUUCUUACACUCAGCACCUUACCGCUUCUCCUUUGAUAGCCAUCAUGGCCACUGUUGAGGUUGCGUCAGCUCAGAGUGCACUGCAAGAGGAGAAGAAAGUGGAGGAAGUUGUAAUAACUUCAGCACCUCAUCAAGUAGAAGAGAAGGCUGCUGAGAAAGACGACCAACCCAAGGUUGAAGCCGUGGAAGAGAAACAACCAGAGCUACAGGAAUCAGUACAAGGAGAAAAGGGUCCAGAGCAAGAAGAGGCGAAAAUUGAAGACGAGCAGAAACCAGUACCAGCAGCAGCAGAAGCUGAAAAUGGUUCAGUAAAGGAGCAACCUGAAGCGGAAAACACUGCAGUUGAAGGCAAGGAUGGUGAUGAUCAAGCAUUCGAAGAGGCAAAAGAAGUACUGGAACAGCUGGAGUUAGAGGACAACAAGUCAUCUAUUAUUCCCGUAGAGGAGUCCUCAAAGGUGGCUCCAGAACCAGUAGGGGAGGAAACUGAAAAGGAAACACAAGUCAUUCAGACUCAAGUGGUUAAGGAGGAUGACGCUGGAGAAGCCAAGAACCCCGUCCAGGAGCAGGAGCAGGAGCAGGGUCAAGUGAAGGUUGCAGCACCUGAUGCAGAGGCUCCUGUUGCUGUCAUUCAGACUGUUACUGCAUGAUUUUGAAAGAAAUCUUAAAUCCCACAGGGUUUUUGAUCAAGUAAUGUCGUCCUAAGAAUCUACGAUUACGCCAAUUUCCCUUUAUUUGUGUGUUUAUGUUACUCUUAAGUUGGUCAGCUAAAUUUAGAGUGAAUAUAUGUUAUCAUUUCGAUCUCAGCUACCUCAUUUUGGUGCACAAAAUAAGGAUGUAACCAACUUAUAUAAGCCUUUUCUAAUUCUAUCUUCAUCCAACAUCACCCAAAGCUGGUUGGCUGGCUGUCAGAUCAAUAAAUUAAAUAUUGUGCUUUCUUUUCUUCUACCAAA